CUAAAGGAAACUAAACUGGAGAAAGCAAAAGAUGCUUCCGUGGAGUGGAUCUGGGACUGCGUGAUCUUCCCAAGGCCAAGAGAGCGCUGUGAGUUACAACAAGAGCCUCAGGAUCUGUGUCCAUUGUCUCAUCUGUCCCCGGGAAGUUAUUCCUGCUUGCAGCCACCCCAUUGAAGAAAUGGAUGUGGAUCAAUUGGACCUGAAUCCCAGAAUUACUGCUGCAGUUAAGAAAGCCAAACUGAAAUCAGUUAAGGAGGUUCUGCACUUUUCUGGACCAGACUUGCAGAGACUGACCCACCUCUCCCGCCCCGACAUCCAGCACUUGUUGAGAAUGGCCUCCUUACACCUGCGGGGAAGCAGUGUCCUCACAGCACUGCACCUGCACCAGCAGAAGGAGCGGUUCCCAGCGCAGCACCAGCGCCUGAGCCUCGGCUGCCCUGUGCUGGACGGGUUCCUGAGGGGUGGCCUGCCCCUGGAGGGUGUCACCGAGCUGACUGGCCGCAGCGCGGCAGGGAAGACCCAAUUGGCGCUGCAGCUCUGCCUGGCCGUGCAGCUCCCGCAGCAGCACGGAGGCCUGGAGGCCGGGGCUGUGUACGUCUGCACAGAAGACGUCUUCCCAAGCAAGCGACUGCAGCAGCUCAUCGCUCAGCAGCAGCGGCUGCGUGCAGAUGUCCCAGGGAAGGUGCUCGGGAAGAUCAGAUUUGGCGACCAGAUCUUCAUUGAGCACGUGGCUGAUGUGGACACCUUGUUGGAGUGUGUGAGUAAAAAGGUCUCCAUCUUGCUGUCGCGGGGCAUGGCCCGCUUGGUGGUCAUCGACUCGGUGGCAGCCCCAUUCCGCUGUGAAUUUGAGGGCCAGGCCUCAGCCCCCAGGGCCAGGCUUCUGCAGUUGCUGGGAGGCGAGCUACGCCGGCUGAGCAGCGCCUUCCGGAGUCCCGUGCUGUGUAUCAACCAGGUGACGGAGGCCGUGGAGGAGCGGGAGGUGGCACCUGGGCCGCCAGGCUUCUGCAAUGAGCGCGUCUCUCCAGCUCUUGGCAUAACCUGGGCCAACCAGCUCUUGAUGAGACUGAUGGUCGACCGGCGCCGUGAGGAGGCCAUGGCCGGCCACCCCACCCGGACCCUGCGCGUGCUCUUCGCCCCUCACCUGCCCCCCUCCUCCUGCUCCUACACGGUCAACGAGGAAGGGGUGCGAGGGAUGCCUGGGACUGUCCCGCUGAUGUGACAGCUGCAGAAAAGCCCGAGCAUGUCCUAAAACUCCAUCUACAGGGACCAAGCACAGCUUCUUAAUUAGAGUUUCUUGAGGUCUCUGUGGCCAUCAGCUGCACUUUCUCAACCAAAGGUAGUUUAGUGACCAUGGACCUGACCCUCCCCACCAGAGACUGGGGACUGUGGGCUUGUCUCCUGCUGUUGCUGUUUGGGCACGCCCAGCUGGGUGGGCCUGGCGUUGCUGCCGUGCUGCUGGGCUGGUCCUCAGAGGACAGAUGGGUCACCAGGGCCGGCUGUUUUGGGGGGUGGGGGGGUCCGCACAGUGACUCCCUAGGAGCAGCCCCCGCAACCCACGCCCUGCUUCCCUCCUAACGCCACGGGGCAUCAGGGUCCACAGCCUCCCCUGGGCCCCAGGCCACAGAUUCCCCCACCCCGGGACCCUGCCCAAAGGGGCCUCCCAGCAGGUUGGUCCUCAGCCCCCCCCCCUCAAAGUCCCACCCAGACACACUCCACCCCCUAAAGCCUUGGUUUGGUGCAGGGUGGAGGAAACACAUCAGGCCAUGGGGGUACAGAGACUUUGAGGGUAGGAGACAGGGCUAACUUGACUGUGUCAUUGCUUCUGCCACCACCAUGGCCUGACGAAGGGGCAUAGAAGCUUUGGGGCUGCUUGUGAAAGUACAUCAGUCUGUUAGGAGCACAGCUGAGGGCAAAGGGAAAUUUUAUUUUAAAGUGGAGGCAGCAUCCCUGUGUGUCCUCGGGACCUACCCCACACCUGGCCUCAGUGGUUGUCAGCAAUAGCAGCAUAGCCCUAGACAUGGCAGGACACCUGCACAGACUCACCACACACUGUGGCCCGGCCUUAAUUCCAGAUAGAAAGCAGUACCUCCUGGCAGCACAGGCUCCAGGACCUGACCAUCUGAUCAUCGAGACACGCAGCCUCUGCAUGGGCAAAGCUGUGACCACUCCAACCCCCGUCAUACCCAGCCUGUGUGUCCACAUGCCGCUUGGCGGAGCAGGGCUCAAUAAUAAAUGUACUAAAAUGGAUGCACUGGUAGCGUUGGGACCACUUCUCUAAUGAGCUGCUGUUUGCCAGGCGCUGCUCUAAGUAAUAUAUGCAUGUUCAUUUACGUUUUUGUCACACCUCAGAGAUGGUUACUGUUACUAUUCCUGCUUUCAGGUAGGGAAACUGAGGUACAGAACAGUCAGGCAACUUGACUGUUCUCUCAGAGCCCUGAGCCAGACAUUGUCCCCCCCACAGACGAGGAGCUGAGGCCCUGCCCCGUGUCAGCCUGGGGGUGGGGGUUGUUGGGGGGUAGGAUCUGUAAAACCCUGUAAUUGUGCAGACUUUUUCUGUUUUUGCAUUUUUCUAGGGCAGGAUAACCGAUUUAUAACUUUCAUCGGAUUUUCAAAGCAGUCUAUGACCAUAAAAGCAUAAAGAACUGCUAGCAUAAACUUAAGAAAGAUACCUUGGGGUUGGACUUUUGCAAAACAGCCUUUCUGCAAAAGUGCAGGCACUUUACAACAGGAAAUAAAAUAUUUUAUUUUUGUGAUUAAAUAUAAACAAUUCCACAUGAUUUUCUAGACAAGUCAAACCAACAAUUAGAAAAUACAACUAUAGCUCCAAGGUGGAGGCGCACAUAACAGAAGACACACAGGCGGGACCACCCCCCGUGAGCUCAGCCCGCCUCACCCAUCCCGAGGUGCCCCCCACCACAGAGCCCACGUGCCCAAGGAGGGGCCACCCUCCAGGCUGUCCCAGGACCACUGACCACUCCCUUAGGAGCCAGAGCAGGAGGAACCUCGAGUAGGUACACAGCCCAUCCCCGGGGAGCCCCUGACCCUGCCUGGGGCCUCAGCCUCUCACUGAAGACCCUCCCGCAGGGACUAAUUACGGAGCCCUCGCAGAUCUGCAACCCCUAAAGGUUACUUCCUCACCGUUUUAUAAAAUACUUUAAAACACUUAAGGUCUUCCCCACAAUGUUGGGGAACUAACUGUAAACAAAACACAUGUCUCUGUGUCUGGGCCCUAAGACUGCUGGCCCAGUUCUCUGCACGGUGUUGUCCACCCCAGCAAGACCUGGGAGCUGGCUUAGCCCUGCCUUUGGUCAGUGCUAUUAAGUGCCAGUCCCAGUUUUUGCAAAUCUGAUUACACAGUGCUCAAAAUUAAGUGCAGAUGUAGCAGAUACUAGUUUCAUAUAUGAAACGUGCCUUCCAGUGGAAUUCCAUGAAGUUAUGACAAUGGAAAAUCUGCUCUAUAAACUGUAAACAUGUAUCCUUAGCAAUAUUUAACACAGUGAAUUUCUAACCACAUCACACUCCUGGCGGCUUUCUGAGCAAACACAUGGCGGGAACUCUCAGCUCCCAGGAGACAGCUGACCGACCCUGCAGUGCUGUAAACACCAGGGAAUGAGCACCUCCCUGGGGCGUGUCCCGGACCUCCCUGGAGGCCUGGCUUCUGCCUCAGCUGCACCCAUGACCCACAAGCUUUCCUGUGACAUCCAGCCUCGGACAUGGACUUUCCUGUGGAACAGUCACUGGAGAUGGGCACUGCUGCUGCAGGGAGCGAUGCCAGCUCUCAACUGCCUGUCCGCCACUGGUCAGGGCAACUAAAUUUUAAGUUACGUUUGACAGAAACCAGGAAGAAACAAGCACUGGCUCUCACUUGGGGUCUCCCUUCUAGAAGGAAAGUGCUGAGAAGAGGGUGGCCAGCCAGGCCCACUGCUUCUCUCUUCAGAAUGUUCAAUUCAGACCACCCUGCUGGAAGCAGGUGACGGGCUGCUUGGUUUACAUUCUUACGCAAGUUCACAGACCAGAAGCUGCCGAUGCCCAGUGAGCUCUCCCUCUCAGAAACACGAAGUUUCCUACACGGCCUGGCUUCAUGCAGGCCUCUCGUUCUCUUACCCCAACAACCACAACCUCAGCAGCACCAGGCCCGCGGGCUCGAAGCCAGGCCCAGUUCAACAGUGGCCACCGGCACAGCCCUGUCUGUCCCCAUCAGUCUGGGAGCUGAAAUUCAAUCCCACAUUCAGCCCCAUGGUUAUUCUUUCUUAAAUGCCCUUUGUCUUUCCAAAGAGAACUGUCACUACGGGAAACCGUCCGGGUUUCAAACACACUGCCUCCACUUCCCAGAGGAGAGAAGAAACUCCAGCUGCAGUGGAGGGAGGGAGACUGGGCAGCUCCUCGGUCCCUCUCCACGUAUGAGGUGCCAAACGGACACGGCAAGGUGGCAUUUGGAAAUAAGUUCCUGACCAUCAGAAGCUGCAAAUUUUAACUGGAGUCAGGAGGCUCAGAAAAGGAGUAGGGACAAGGUGACCGCUCAGGAGACGGAGACAGCUCCGUGGGGCAGCCGUGAGGCCAGGCACUCGCUGGUGACUAUCUCAAAGGGGACAAAUGCCUUUCCACAAACACAGCAGUCUGUGACGUGAGACAAUAUUCAACAGUAUGAAACUUCUAAAGGUAUUUUCAAGUCUAGCCUCACUGCGACAAGCCCUGGCCACUGCCAUCUCAUGCCCUCAGCCCAGGUCUCCGCUUGGCCUGGAACACCAGGCAGGGGCAGCCGUGGCCCCUUGGCCAGCGCCACUCACAAGCAAAAGCUGCAAGAUAGCUGGAAGCAAAUGAAAACAAGUGCCCUUGCUGUGACACCGCCUACAUUGCCCAAUUAAAAUAAAUUACAAUCAAAACCUGA